CCCGCCUCUGGGCGCCUGGAGGGGCGGAGGGGAGUGCGGGGCGGGCCGCGGGGCUGUGGAGCAGCAUGAGCGCGGGGCCCGAGCAGGAAAGCCCCCGGAAGAGGAUCCGGCUGCAGCCCCGGCCCGCCCGCGAGAGCGCAGGCGCCCCGCCGCCCAGGCCGCCGCCCACCCGCGCGGAGCCCCGAGGCCGCCCAGGCCGCCCCGCCGCCACGGUGGGGAACAGAGUUUACAAACAAAGAAGGAUUACCUCUUGGAUGGAGAAUAAAGGGCCCAAAGCAGUGGAUUCAAAGAGCUUGCAAAACAAAGCUAGCAACACAGAAGCAGAGCCUAAAAUGACAUCAGAUAAAAAAGACGUUUUUGAACAUGAUGUGAAAAAAGUCGAAGACGUUCUUCGUCAGGGUUCUGCAAGAUUAUCUGUGGAAAUGGGCACCAAGCCUGUGGCCUUCCCUCAGGCUGGCAGCCUUCAGAAGUGGAAAGCGGAGGGAACGUGUAGGGACCUGCUUCCAGAAGUACAAUCUACAGUAGGAGCCCAAACUGGCGACCAGUUGAAAAAUACCAGUGUUAAUCAAACACACAAAAGUGGCAGCCAGCCUUACUGGGGAUGCAAACAAAAUCAGGAGAGCUGCACACAUGGAAAGCUUUCGUUGGGCAGCCCAGUGAAGGUGACAAAUAAAAAAGACCCCUCAAAAGAUGUCAACAUGGAAAGGCACCUGACUACGCAAAAUCCACAGCCCUCUCAUAACUGCAGCUCGGAGCCUCUGACUCACACGGCUGCUGAGGUGGAUGUGGUUCCAGAGAGCCCCCUUUCAGAUGCAGGCUGUGAGGCACCUUUGUCUGACUUGUGUGGUUCACAGCACAGCGGUCAAGGGUGCUUGGGGGAGAGUCCUUUUGAGAGGGAGAGUGAGCCCGAGUCCCCAAUGGAUCUAGAUAAUUCCAAAAACAGCUGUCAGGGCUCAGAGGCUGACGAAGAAACCAGUCCGGUCCUGGAGGAUCAGGAAGACGCUGAUGUAUCAAAAGCAUCAGGCAGAACCUCACCGUUUCAAAUGGCAGGUGUCGAUUCGGAUUUAAGAAAGCCUCCGUUUACCUCCCAGAGAGGUGAAGGUGCUCAAUUUAGUCUUAAUUUGGAAGGGAUGGAUAAUCCAGCCAAAGAAACGGAAACAUGCUCGGAGUCAUAUAGUUUCUCGCCCGUUGUGUCGUCAGAAUGGAGAAGUGCCAAACACUGUGGGAGGAAGGACUCUAAAAUUACGGCGCACUUCACAAGAGUUCCCAAGACAGAGGAGAAAAGGAAUGAGCCGUGUGAAUUAAAGCCUCAUAGACCUGGAAGGAAGAUUCCUAGACAUAUCCCUCCUCCACUUCCAAGUAAUAAAAAAUGGUUUGGGACACCUAUUGAAGAGAUGAGAAGAAUGCCCAUGUGUGGUGCUCGACUUCCUCACUUGAGAGCAUCAGCCAAUCACACCGUAACAAUCAGGGUGGAUCUUCUGAAGGAAGGAGAAGUGCCUAAGCCUUUUCCAACCCAUUAUAAAGAUUCAUGGGACAAUAAACAUGUCAAAAUGCCUUGUUCGGAACAAAAUUUGUAUCCCGUAGAAGACGAGAAUGGUGACCGAACUACUGGGAGCCGAUGGGAACUUAUUCAGACUUCGUUGCUCAAGAAGUUCACCAAUUCCCGUGAUAUAAAGGAAGCUGUUCUCAGAUACAAUGUUGCUUAUGCCAAGAAAUGGGACUUCACAGCCCUGACUGACUUCUGCGAUAAGGCACUUGAAGAUGCAGAAGCUCAACAUCUGUUUCAGUCAAUUCUGCCCGAUAUGGUGAAGCUCGCGCUCUGCCUGCCUAGCAUCUGCACCCAGCCGAUACCUCUACUGAAACAAAAAAUGAACCACUCCAUCACAAUGUCACAAGAGCAGACAGCUAGUUUGCUCGCCAAUGCCUUCUUCUGCACUUUUCCACGACGUAAUGCCAAGAUGAAAUCGGAAUAUUCAAGCUAUCCAGAUAUUAACUUCAACAGGUUGUUUGAAGGACGUUCACCAAGGAAGCCUGAGAAAUUGAAAACCCUUUUCUGCUAUUUCAGAAGAGUUACAGAGAAAAAACCCGCUGGAUUGGUGACAUUUACAAGGCAGUGCCUAGAGGAAUUUCCUGACUGGGAAAGAACUCAGAGGAAAAUGUCCAGGUUGCACGUCACGUAUGAGGGUACUAUCGAAAGCAACGGGCACGGGAUGUUGCAGGUUGAUUUUGCAAACCGUUUUGUUGGAGGUGGCGUUACUGGUGCAGGACUGGUUCAGGAAGAAAUUCGUUUCUUAAUCAAUCCAGAACUGAUUGCGUCUCGUCUCAUUACAGAAGUCCUGGAUCACAAUGAAUGUUUAAUUAUCACAGGUUCAGAGCAAUACAGUGAAUACUCUGGCUAUGCAGAAACAUACCGGUGGGCCAGGAGCCAUGAAGAUGAGACACCGAGGGAUGAGUGGCAGAGGCGCUACACAGAAAUUGUGGCCAUAGAUGCAUUUCAUUUCAGACGUUUCCUUGAUCAGUUUGCUCCUGAGAAAAUUAGAAGAGAGCUCAACAAGGCAUACUGUGGUUUCUCUCGACCCGGUGUCCCACCCUGUCAUCUUUCAGCAGUAGCCACAGGAAACUGGGGGUGUGGUGCCUUUGGAGGGGAUUCCAGAUUGAAAGCCUUAAUACAGAUCAUGGCAGCUUCGGAAGCUGGACGAGAUGUUGUUUAUUUCACCUUUGGAGAUGCUGAACUGAUGAGAGACAUUUACAGCAUGCACACUUUCCUGAUUGAGAGAGGACAAUCUGUUGGGGAUGUUUACAGGCUGUUGCUUAGAUACUACAACGAGGAAUGCAGGUGCUGCUCUACUCCAAGACCAGAAGUCAAACUCUACCCUUUCAUAUACAGUACAGUGGAGUCAUAUGUGAAUUCCACUGAUGACGAGAAAGGCUUAUGCUUUGAUGAGUAGAAUGGACAUUUGAACACCCUUCCUCUUUUCCAUGUGAAUAUUGCUUGGAUGUAACAUAUGGAGUAGUGUAAUUUAAUGUCUCUGUAUAUAAAUAUUGUAUUUGUCUUAUGCAUUAUUUGAACAUCAAAGACCAAUACUGAAUUAACAAACUUCAUUUCCAAUGUAAAAUGUUGUCCCUAAUCAUCACACCUAAAGCAGAACGUCUGGUAAAUGCACUUUUUUCCAGGUUCCAGGUUGAGUUUCUGGCCUAUAUCCUUCUGCAGUUUAUCUGAAAACAGCAGAUUUACACCUCUCAGCAGUUCCUUUGCAUUUUUAAAAACAAGAACAUUAAAAUAUGUCUAUAUAGAAGAUACAGAUUUCCUAUAUAAACUGCUUGCUUAGCAUAUCCUGCAGCCAUAUAAUUUAAGAGGCAUUAAUAGGGACAAGCCUUCUGAUUAUCUUUUGUGUUGGACAUACGUUCCCUGAGCUUAUCGUAUCUAUAGAUUUUUUAAAAAUUUACUUAACUCUGCAAACCAAAUCCCGUUUUGUUUUGGCUCAGUAAAAGACAUACUUAGAAAUGAUAAUGAGAAGAGUGUCUAGGGCACGUCUCCUUUUAGAUGGUGGGAGGGAAGAACUUGAUUCGGGUUAAAGAGUCAAAAUUAAACUUGGAGGCAAAUUCUCAUUAUUUCCUACCUACAAUGUCUGUACCCGGAUCAUAUAUUCAAGAAGUGGUUCAUCAACUUUUAAAAUACGUAUGUUGGGUUUCUGGUGGGAAAUAUAUAUAUAGUGUUUUAUGAACAAUGAAACCUAGUAAGGUAUGCCUUAGUAAGCACAGGCAGUGCUAUUGAAACUGGGCUAUGGGAAAUGCUGAAGAACGGAGAUGCAAUCCUGACAAAACAGUGCCCAGAUCAGCCCCACUGAAACAAACCGGAAUUGUGAAAGUGUGCAAUGAUGGAACUUUUCACAACUCUCUCUUGCUUCAGUGAGGCAUAGAAGAAGUUCCUGCUGGAUUUUGCCCUUUCUGGGAACGUGUUCUUUGAAGAGAAAGGAAAAUAAAAUAUAAACUAUCCGUUGCCUUGCUGUGAAGCUGGCAAGAGAUGACAAUAGAAAUUAUUUCGAGGGGGGCAUGGAAGAAAUGUGAUCAUCAGUUCUAUGAUGGAUAGCAGGAAAGCAACAUUAAGGAAACCUCGUGGCUUAAUGUUGGCUAUAGCAUGAUGCUGUAGUGGUUUUUUUUUCUUCUUCAGCUUUUUAAAGCUGACUAGCACUGGGUUGUUAGGUUAAUAAGAGCCUUGUUGUCCCAGCAGCCUCUUAAUUAAAGAUAGAACUGAACUUUCCAGGAUGCUGCAUAAAAACCAAAACGGAGAAUUCUAGGUCAAUUCAGGUUUUCUCUUUCUUUUAACUUCUUUCUCAUCCAUCUACUAUCUUCCAUCCGAACUCUCUUUUUCAAGCGAGUAAGAACUUCCUGGUGCUGCAGUCCAAAAGCGACGGGAGGGAGGUGAGGGGUCAGGUGUCCCUUAGGCGGGGAUGUGCCCUCACCAUCAGCUGUGGAACAGAAUGCUCUUGACCCCUACCUGUACCUAAAUUCCUCAGCGAGAGACUUGUAAUUAUGGUCCCCCUUGACUGUAUAUAAUAAUUUAUAAAAGGAUGGAAAUGUAUCAUUAAUUCUUUUAACCUUGCAGGUUGUGUAUUUGCUCUAUUUUUGAUGGGGGGUGGUAGCAGCAAGUAAUCAUAUGCUACAUUUACAUGGUUGGACUUUUCUUUAAAGGAAAAUAAUAAAAACAGUGAACAUCUUU